CCAUAGUUUUAUCUAUUUUUUUUUCUUUCUGCAAACAAUCAUAAUAAUAAAGAAAUACAUACAUAUAUAAUGGAGAUUUCAAGUGGACCAUUUUUUACGACAUCAACUGGCCUUAUUGAUAGUAUUGAUAAGAAACUUAUGGUUGUAUUGAGAGAUGGACGUAAAUUAAUUGGAACAUUGAGGUCUUUUGAUCAAUUCGCCAAUUUAGUUUUACAAGACACGAUCGAAAGAAUCUAUGUUGGCAACUGCUAUGGUGAUAUCAACCGAGGUAUCUUUUUAAUCCGGGGAGAGAAUGUUGUUCUUCUUGGAGAGAUUGAUUUGGAAAAGGAAGAACAAAUCAAUUUAAGGCAGGUACCUGUUGAAGAGAUUUUAGUGGCACAACGUGAAGAAAUUGAGGCCAAAGAAAAGGUGGAAAAGAUCAAGAGUAAAAUAUUACAUGAUCAAGGCUUCUGUGUUGAUUCUGCACAAAACGAUUUGUAUUAAUAGAUUUGGUUUAUCUCUCUCUCUCUCUUUUUUUUAUUUUUUUUUUUUUUUU